CUGAAGACGAGCUGAAGACGAGCUGAGGACGAGCUGAGGAUGAGCUGAAGACGAGCUGAAGACAAGCAGCUAACAAUGCUAACAUGCUCAAGUUUGUAUUGGACAAAGUGACAAACAUUGGCCUGAAGGUGGCGCCACAUCAGAACAUCAGAGUGGUUGUGAUUCAUGCUGAGGGAACAUGAACACAUGAACAAGUGUUACCAGCAGGGGGUGCUGUUUUAUUAUUCAUUGACAUGAGACAAGACAUGGAGGACGGUCUCACUGAUCUGCUCUCCAGUGUCCUCGAUGACCUACGUGAUGAUGUCAUCAAAAACAUCAGUGGAGCUCAGCCGUUACAUCAGCUGCUCAGGUCACCGUGGCUUCACGCCAUGAUGAAGGUUUAUGAACGUCUGUUACACUUCCAGCAGCUGAUGCCCCGCCCACUCCUGCUGUAUGCCUCACAACUCUCACACGAGAUCAUCACUGUGAUACAAAACAGUCCCCGCCCAUCAGCUGACACCAGAGAGCUGCUCCGCCUCCUCAACUCACCACAUAUACAGGCUGUGCUGUGGUCACAUGACAGUGUGUGUCAGUCAGACGAUGGACUCGUGUCUCCGUGUCUUCCUGAUGAGGACAAACCUCAGAUCGCGAGCGAGCGCAGAGCGGGUGCAGGGGGCGGAGUCUCGGUGGGCGACACCCGUCGUCUCACGCUGGAUCGUCUUGUCCCUGCCGGGAGGGCGUGGUCAGGGAAGGAGCUCAGAUUGACAGAGAGUGAAGUCAGACCCCGGCGGCGUCCUGAGCCUGAGGAGCUAGUGGAGCAGAGCCGUGUGGACGAGCUCAGGUCCACGGUCCAGACUGUGGCCGUCAGGAUGGAGAAGACGUCUCACAGCGUGGAGGACAGCGUCCAGGCUCUCAACCUUCUGACAGACGUGCUGGACAAACUGCAGGGACAUGUCACGGCCGGCAGACGCUUGUCACCUCCUCCACGAGUCCCCUCAGUGUCUCCAAAACUUCCCACGCCUGAUCCACGGCACCAGGGUUCUCUGGUGGCGGUUAGCGCCCCCCACAGGCCGAGUGGUAGAAACGCACAGAUGAGGCUCAACAACGGGUCGGUUGCUAGGAUUUCUCUGGAUGAAGAGCAGGAAGAUCACGACACGGGCUGUCUGAGGUCCAAGACGAGGAAGACGAGGAAGAUGAGAUCGUAA